GUCCUGGUGAGAGCCAGAUUAAUCUACCAAUACCUCAAUAUCCGCAGGACAGAGGCCAUAUAAACCCAGGCAAAGGCCUCCAACAGCAGAGUCUCUUAGACAUAAGCAAGCCUUUUGCUCCUGGAUUAUUAUCACAGCAAACUAAUAACAAGAACAACAUCCGAGGAUUAUGGCGCUCCUGAAAUCAAGCUGGUUGUGGAGACAGACUUCUGUCCUAAAACGCUGGAAGCUCAACUGGUGUGACCUUUGGAUCGAUGGGAGUCUUUGCUUUUACAAGUCAGACAACAGGCGAGAGCUGGAGCAUCGCGUCAGUCUCAAACUAGCAUGCAUAGAUGUGCAGUCCGGUCAGGAAUGUGGAGGUGUGACUCCACCAGAGAGCAAUCCCAGGGAGAAUCUCGUCGUGGUUCACCUCAUGGACGGCUCAACACUCAACCUGUGCGCAAACAGUGAAGACGAAUCAAUAGCGUGGAAACUGACUCUGCUGCAGACCAGAAGAAACCCGGUGUUCACAUAUGACCCAUAUGAUGACUCCUACCAGGCUGUCCCCCUCAAUAGCCGCCAUACUGUCUACAUAACACCUGGAGCAGGACCAGGAACCCACCAGGUGGUUGUUCAAAGGGACCCGUUUGAUGGCGUGGUGGAGCAUCUAGCACUGGGAAUGUUAGCAGGAAUGGCAGCCGGGGCAGCCAUGCGAUCCUUCCUUUGGAUGCCCUUGUUUUUUUGCUGAGAUGACUGACAUGACUGACAGGAGAGCAAAGCCUGCCUGUCACCAAGACAAGGGAGUUGGACAUCUAACGAGCAUGUGUAGAACAGGCUUUCCCAUCAUACUUGCUCUGAUAAAAAAGCUGCUUCUGUUCUUUAUUAUGAGCAUAUAAAACCUGCGUUGUCAUCUUAAACGUGUAAAACACUGUCAGAUGCUG